AUUUAAAACCCAUGUACAUACCUUUCUUCACACAACAAUACCAUGUUAAAAAGGGUCACUUUGUUUUCUCUUUCGGGUAUCUAAUACUUUUGUUUGGGACUUUUAUGUUCAUAAUUUCUUUCUAAAAGUUUUUCUCCUUCAACUUUUUACCCUCUCUUCAAUAAUUUUAGAUUAGUCACAAAUUAAUAAUAAUAAUGGCUCUUGAAACUGUGGUUUUCCCACAACAAGAUCCAUUCACAUAUAGUUACAAAGACAAUUACUUCAACUCUUUGAAUAAUGACUAUGAUCAUCUUCAUGCGGAAGAACAAGAGAAUGUUCUCCUAGGAAUCAUCAACAAUGAACAACAAAAUCUCCAUGCAAACUGGGAUCAUCAAUGGGAAUAUUCACACUCUUCCUCUCCUGAAAUCUGCACCGUUGAUCAAACUAUCACAGCACCUCCUUCUUCCACCAUGGAGGAAGCUACAGUAACAGCAUCGUGUAGGAGAAAGCGUCGUCGUAUCAAGAGUGCAAAGAACAAAGAGGAGAUUGAAAAUCAAAGGAUGACUCAUAUUACUGUUGAACGCAAUCGAAGAAAACAAAUGAAUGAGUACUUGAAUGUGCUUCGAUCUUUGAUGCCUUCUUCUUAUGUUCAAAGGGGUGACCAAGCUUCUAUUAUUGGAGGAGCAAUAAACUUUGUGAAGGAGUUAGAGCAACAUUUACAGUCUAUGGGGGGCCAAAAGAAAACGAAAGAACCAAACGAGAACAUAGGCUUAAAUAAUGGACCACCUUUUGCUGAAUUCUUCACUUUUCCUCAGUACACAACAAGUGCAACUCAGAACAACAACAACAACAACAACGUCACAAUGGAACAACACAAUUACCAAGAACAGAAACAAUGGGCUGUUGCAGACAUUGAAGUUACAAUGGUAGAUAGUCAUGCCAACAUGAAAAUUCUAUCCAAGAAAAAACCAGGACAACUUAUGAAGAUUGUUGUUGGGUUACAAAAUCUUAGGCUUACCAUUCUUCAUCUUAAUGUUACCACGGUCGAUGAUAUGGUUCUUUACUCAGUUAGUAUCAAGGUAGAGGAGGGGAGUCAGCUGAAUAGUGUGGAUGAAAUUGCGGCUGCUGUGAAUCGACUAUUAAGGACGGUCCAACAAGAACUGGCUUAUCAACUAAAUUGAAUGAAUUUAAUUUCCUUGCUUAAUUUAUUUUAAAAUUUGUCUAUCAAACCUUCUCCAUCGUUUGGAUAUAUAAAUGUGACUGUGUUUAUUGGGAAUAUUAGAGGGGGUAAGGUAGCAUGUGUAGCACUUUAAUUAUUUGUCAUAAUUUUUUCUUCUGAUAGCAGCAGCAUUUGUGGCAAACAACUUCAAUGCCUAGUUGAAAUGUGUUAAUUAGGCUGUAUGUACAACCAACAGUAUCUUACAAGUCUAUGUGAAUUACAAGUUCAUUUCAA